AUGUCCCUGGCUGCCAACUCCGUGAGGGGCCCCACAAAGCCCCCAGCCAAAGGCAGCUUUCCCUUAGACCGGGACCACCGCUGCAGCACGGAGCAGCACCGCUACCUGCGCUGCCUAACGCAGCAGCAGCAGCAGCAGCAGCAGCAGUUUGAGGCGUACGACCACCUGCCCUGCCGCGAGCUGGCGAAGGCCUUUCUCAAGUGCCGCAUGGACACCAAUUUGAUGCAGCAGGAGGACUUCGAGCAGCUCGGCUUUGCUGCUUCUCCUCAAGCAGCAGCAGCAGCAGGUGCAGCAGCAGCCGGUGCAGCAGGUGCAGCAGCAGCAGGUGCAGCAGCAGCAGGGCGAGCAGGGGCUGCAGCAGUCGACAGCCUGGCUGAAACAGCCGCCUCCCCCGAACACGGCGCACCCCCAACUGCACCAGCAGCAGCAGCAGCAGCACCAGCAGCACCAGCACCAGCAGCAGCAGCAGCAGCAAAGUCAAAAGAAGAGACAGGCUACCUGGCUGGCAUUUCGGCGCUGCAGCCAUAUUCUAACAGGGGCUUCUUUGGGCGAGUUGUGGCUCGCUUUAGUUGGCCGAAGCAGUUUCUGCAGCCCUUCUUUUCCCGCAGCAGCAGCAGCAGCAGCAGCAGCAGCGGCAGCAGCAGCAGCAGCAGGAAGGGGAUGCAGCUGUUGCCUUCGGAGCCGAGUGACAUGGACAGCAGCAGCAGCAGCAACAGCAGCAGUAGCAGCGGGAGGACUAGCGUGGGAUUCGAUAGACUCGACCACUACCCAGAUAGCAGCAGCAACAGCAGCAGCAACAGCAGAAGCAGCAGCGACUCCGCAGCAGCAGUUUGA